UGGGUUUGGCGUGGAAGCUCGCGGGGAUCCGUGGAUCGCCCGCUCCGGGCUCCUGGGUUCGGGGAUCGCGCUGUGCGGGAAGAAGACAUCAUGGUUCAACUGGGACGUCCCCUCCUAAAGACGUACCGCAAUCUCCGUGUCGUCAUCCGGUUCGCCCUCGGUGGCUGCACCAAUCGCCCGUACUAUCGGAUCGUGGUUGCCCACAACAGGCGUGCCCGGGACGGCAAGUACAUUGAGCAGAUUGGCUGCUAUGACCCGAUGCCCAACCGGUAUGCCGAGAAGAUUGUGGGCGUGAACUUCGAGAGGCUCAAAUACUGGUUCGCCUGUGGAGCCGCCCCGACCAAGCCUGUUGAAAAACUGCUGGGUCUUUCCGGCUUCUUUCCGCUGCAUCCGAUGACUGUCACAAACGCUGAGCGGAUGAAGAAGAAAAAAGCUCAGGAGGUGGAAAGGGCAGCUGAAGAAGAGGAGCUGGCUGGCAAGGAGGAACAGCAGCAAAGCUGAUGGGCGGAGUGUGAAAACCCCACGCGCGGAUGGAGAAGCGAAACCAUACGGCCCCUUCAAAUCCGGCCGGCGCUGAUUCUUACGGCCCAGCAAAAUUCU